GGGUCGCAACAGAGUGCACGAGCACGUCAGCCGGACGCAAGCUCCAUACGAAACUUCCGCGGAUUUGGACGAAGCUACACUCAGACGUGGACAACUAAAAUAAAUUAGUUUUUCAUCUUGGUGUCCUCUUAAGAUUAUGUGUUGUUUCACCGUGCACCGAACCAACCCUUGUUUAAUAAAGUAACUUUUUACAAUAAGCUUGUAAGUCAAUUAUGGGUACCCUAUUAGCGAUACUUCUGGUUUUUGUCGGUUGCUGCACUAAUGUUGUGUUUCUGGAACUACUUGUAAGAGAUUUUCCAGGAUGUGGGAACAUCGUGACCUUUGCCCAGUUUGCAUUCAUUGCAUUGGAGGGGUUCAUUUUCGAGAGCAACUUUGGGAGGAAGAAAUCCACAAUCCCGAUGCGAAAUUAUGUGAUCAUGGUUACCAUGUUCUUCACAGUCAGUGUGAUCAACAACUAUGCCCUUAACUUUAACAUUGCAAUGCCAUUGCACAUGAUUUUUAGAUCCGGAUCUUUAAUAGCAAACAUGAUCCUUGGAAUUAUCAUUCUCAAAAAAAGGUAUUCAGCAAGCAAAUACAUGUCAGUCGCACUCAUCUCUGCCGGGAUCUUUAUAUGCACCAUAAUGUCUGCUAAACAAGUGAAUGUAGCAAAUAAUCCUUCCGAUGAAGAAAGUGUCCACACCUUCAUACACUGGCUGAUAGGGAUUGCCAUGUUGACGUUUGCUCUACUGAUGUCUGCCAGGAUGGGCAUCUUCCAAGAGACUUUAUACAAACAAUACGGCAAGCACUCCAAAGAGGCCCUUUUUUAUAAUCACUGCUUGCCGUUACCCGGGUUCCUGCUUCUCUCUUCGGACAUCUAUAACCACUGCAUACACUUCAACCAGAGCACUCCUGCAGAGAUCCCUGGGAUGGGGCUUACUGUACCUGUGAUGUGGCUAUACCUCCUGAUUAAUGUCAUCACCCAAUACGUGUGCAUCCGCGGCGUGUUCAUCCUGACCACGGAGUGCGCGUCGCUGACCGUCACCCUGGUGGUGACCCUCAGGAAGUUCCUCAGCCUCAUCGUCUCCGUGUGGUACUUCCAGAACCCCUUCACGGUCUGGCACUGGGUGGGCACGGCGGUGGUCUUCCUGGGAACACUGCUGUACACGGAGGUGUGGACCAGCGUGCGGGCGGCCCUACGGAGGGCUGACGUCAAGGGGGUGGAGGCGAAGAGGCAGUGAUCAGGCAGCAGGGGACUGGUCGUCGCUGACCUGCGCUGUCAUGUCCGGAGAUUUGGGAAACCAGAUACAUUUUUUUGGAGAUUUUUGUCUUUUUUUGUUUGGGUUGUUCCAUCAUUGGUUUUGGAUUUUAGCUUUAUUGCACAAUUCUAUUAUUGAUUUGUAGCUACAAUACCUCACCAGCACUCUGUUUACAAAUGUGCCAAUUCUUAUUUUGGUUCUUCCUCAUUUGCUUGUUGACAGUUGGUUUCUUUUGUUGUGGUAAUAUUUAUUUGGAUACCUGACUUUUGAAUGACACUAUUGCGAGACUCUGAGAUUUGUUUUGUAUGAGCAAGCCCUCGUCUUUACAAUUGGUAUCAGAUUAACUGCCAAUAUAGCUCCUAUCGUGUCUUCUCUUUGUAGAUAGAGGAGGCUGCUGGAAGGAAAAAGGCACACUGUAACGUGCUAACAUUUAGUCAUGGUCAUCUGUUGUGUCUCAGAGGUAUAAGACCAUACUAAAUGCCACAAAGGUUAGGCCUUUUGUACAUGUGAAACCCUUGUAUUUGGAAUAGAAUAAAAAAAACAUGACAAUA